UCCGGAAGAAACACAGCAUUGGACGAAGGACGGAAUAUGACAACACGUAGACACAUAGAUAAAUUCGCACAGUAAAUUGUCACAACAACACUUGUUAUUAAUUGUCUUUUUGCUUGGAUACAGAGCUACCUCACCUCUCCAUGCUGCUGUGCCGGGUUUCGGCAGUAAGCCAGACACUAUCGAGAUGGGGACGGAGGUCACACCGGGGAGGCGGCCUCCUGCACCGGGCUCUCUCCUUCAGCUCCAGCCGCUGUCAGGCUGUCAGUCCGGGGGAGGGCAGCCCUCAGCCCGCAGAGACAGGCUCUCCCCAGGGACUGUACCGAGACACAGUGCUCCUUCCCCGGACUGACUUCCCAAUGAAACUGACCGGACAGAAGCUGCUGAACAGAGAGCUCCAGAUUCAGCAGGAGUGUGGAUUUGCAGAUUUGUACUCCUGGCAAAGAGAGAGGAAGGCCAAGAAGGAGUUCUGCCUACAUGAUGGACCCCCAUAUGCCAAUGGAGACCCUCAUGUAGGACAUGCCCUCAAUAAGAUCCUGAAAGAUAUCCGAAACCGUUUUGAGAUGCUGAGGGGGCGUCAGGUCCACUACAUCCCAGGGUGGGACUGCCAUGGCCUGCCCAUCGAGCUGAAGGCUCUUGGGGAGUUGGGGACCAGCGGCUUGGGCCCCCUGGAGAUCAGACAGAAAGCACGAGAGUUUGCGGAGGGGGCCAUAGCUCGUCAGAAGGCUGCUUUUCAGCGCUGGGGGGUGAUGGCUGACUGGGACCAAUGCUACUACACGUAUGAUGGGGUCUAUGAGGCUGCUCAGCUGAAGGUCUUCCAGGAGAUGCACAGCAAGGGUUUCAUCUACCAAGACUACAAACCGGUCUUCUGGUCUCCUUCAACAAGAACGGCCCUGGCAGAGGCAGAGCUGGAGUACAACCCUGAGCAUGUGAGCAGAUCCAUCUAUACCACGUUCCCCCUGAGCACACUGCCACCUGGGAUAGCCUUAGAAGUUUUGUAUUGUGAACAUUCCUCCUGUCUCUGCAGACACACAGUGACCCAUAUAGCUCAGCUGUUCAAAGAAAAGGGCAGCGACUGCUGGUGGGAGCUUCCUGUUGAGGAUUUACUGCCAGAUGAGGUGCUCAAGAAGAGUAAAGCAGGUCCAGUGACUGACUACGUUCGCGGAGAAGACGUCCUGGACAUCUGGUUCGACAGCGGCGCUUCAUGGGCCGCAGUACUAGAAGAGUCAGACUGCAGGGCGGAUGUGUAUGUGGAGGGGAAGGACCAGAUAGGAGGCUGGUUCCAGUCCUCGCUGCUCACCAGCGUGGCCGUCAGGAACAAGGCUCCUUACAAGGCUCUGGUGGUCCAUGGUUUUGCUGUCACUGAGAAAGGAGACAAGAUGUCCAAGUCUCUGGGGAACGUAGUGGAUCCAGAUAAAGUCAUUAAUGGAGGGGAGGACCCCAGUCUGCCAGCAUACGGGGCCGAUGUGCUGCGCUGGUGGGUGGCCGAGUCCAACGUCUUCUCUGAGGUGCAGAUUGGACCAACUGCUCUCAACUCAGCCAGAGACAGCAUCAACAAGCUGAGGAACAGUCUGAAGUUCCUGCUCGGCAACCUGCAGGGCUUCGACCCCCGUGUGCAGGCGGUGGACCCCAAAGAGAUGCACUACAUCGACCAGUACAUGCUGCACCUGCUCCGCGAGUACAGCAUCAAGGUGACGGACGCCUACACUGAGUUUGAUGCUGGCCGGGCCAUCCGUGUCCUGCAAGGCUUCAUCGCCAGAGAGCUCUCCAGCUUCUAUUUCAGCAUCAUCAAAGACAGGUUGUACUGUGAUCCAGAGGACUCGCUGGGCAGGAGAUCGUGUCAGACUGCCUUAGAGGAGAUUCUGGACGGAGUGACCCGAUCCAUCGCUCCCAUCCUGCCCCACCUGGCUGAGGAGGUCUAUCUGCACGCACCAGGACAUGGUGAAGGAGAGACAUUAUUUAAGAGCGGCUGGAUCAAAAGCAGCUCAGUGUGGCGCCGCCCAGGAUUGGAGGAGGCGGUGGAAGGGGCGUGUGCCAUCAGAGACUCCUUCCUGUCUUCCAUUCCGGGCAAAAACGCAGCUCAGUACGACCUCAACAUCGCUGUAGAGCCCGGUCUGCUGUUUGAACUCAUAGAGUCCCUGCAAGAGCAUCCCAGCUCCACCUCGUCCCAGCUGGCGGAGCUGAUGAUGGUGGCGCGGGUCAACCUGUGCAGCGUGCUGCCCCGGGACCUGCCCUCAGACGCCCUGCUGAGCAGCGGCUCCUUCCUCAUCAACCUGGAGGGUGGUGUUAUCCGAGAGGACAGUGCCUACAAAAUAGCCGCGGUGCCCACCUCUGCCGCCCGCUGCCCGCGAUGCCGUCGAUACACCGCCGACUCAGCAGACUGCCUGUGCCCGCGCUGCCAGAGUGCCGUCUCACAGGCUCACUGACAGGCCUGUCAGCACGACGACCAGCAAACCUCCUAUCGACUGUUGUUUUCCUGCUUCGGGUGAAGUUCCUCGUUAGACAAGGUCUAACAAUCGGCAGAGAAAACUGACUCCAAAUCUGCAUCACUCCGCUUUUCUGUCUGCUGUCAGUAAUGCGAAGACACAGGACUGGCAUUGUGAUGGAAUGGCCUGAACAUCGCAUAAGAUCACUGUUUCAGGCUUCACUGCCUUAUGUACUUACAUUUGUUCCAGAGCAGCAGGUUGAGAACUCUAAAACCAAAAUGACAGCCUUGGUCCCUCGUCUGGCCUUGAAUGAGCUUUGUUCUUGUACCACAAAUCAAUAAGCGUGAGAAAUGUUUACCGUUAUGUACAGAUGGGAAUUGGAAGAUAUUUACAUUUAUUUUCGCUGUAGAAGGGAUGCUAUUCAGUUUUUUUGUAAUGUGUAAACAAAUCAUUACGAUGAGGGUCACACUUUCAAUAAUGCUGUAUGGAAGAAAAGUCUCUAAAUGAUAAAUAAAUGGAGUUUCAUCUCUAGACAUGA